AUGGAGAAGAUGAGAGAAAUGGCCUCAGGCAAUGGCUCUUCAGUGACUGAGUUUGUCCUGCUGGGUUUAACACAACAGCUAGAGCUCCAGCUGCCUCUCUUCUUCCUUUUCUUAGGAAUCUAUGUGGUCUCCAUGCUGGGGAACCUGGGCUUGCUUGUUCUGAUUUAUCUCAAUCCUCACCUGCACACUCCCAUGUACUACUUUCUCUUCAACCUUUCCUUCAUCGAUCUCUGCUAUUCCUCUGUCAUAACUCCUAGGAUGCUGAUGGGUUUUGUAAAUCAGAACAUCAUCUCUUAUGCUGAGUGCAUGGCUCAGCUCUUUUUCUUUUCUUUCUUUGUUAUUAAUGAAUGUUAUAUUUUGACAUCCAUGGCAUAUGACAGGUAUGUGGCCAUCUGUAAACCCCUGCUGUACAAGGUCACCAUGUCCCAUCAGGUCUGCCUCAUGAUGACAGUGAGUGUGUAUGCAAUGGGCUUCUUGGGUGCCAUGGCCCACACAGGGUGCAUGCUGAGACUCAUGUUCUGUGACAGCAAUGUCAUCAACCAUUACAUGUGUGACAUACCUCCUCUCCUGCAGCUGUCCUGCACAAGUACCUCUAUUAAUGAGGUAGUGGUCUUCAUUGUGGUGGGUGUCAAUGUUAUAGGUCCCAGUCUUAUCAUCUUCAUUUCUUACAUGUUGAUCCUCUCCAAUAUUCUUUGUAUCCAUUCUACAAAAGGCAGGUCCAAAGCCUUCAAAACCUGCAGCUCUCACAUCAUUGCUGUUUCUCUUUUCUUUGGGGCAUCAGCAUUCAUGUACCUUAAGCCUUCUCCUACUGAGUCUCUGGAUCAAGAUAAAGUAUCCACCGUUUUUUAUACCAUUGUGGGGCCAAUGAUGAAUCCUUUCAUCUACAGUUUGAGGAACAGGGAUGUCCAUAUAGCACUGAAAAAGACUUUGAAGAAAAGGAUAAGUAUGUAA